AUGAUUCAUGAACAAGAACUUUAUAAUCUUGAUGAUGAUGAUGAUGAAAUAGAAGAAGGUGAUGAUGCUUCGUCGCUUCCACCAAAAUCACAAAAGCGGGGAAGGAUGCUUCCACCAAUGUCUUCUAGCUGUGGAUCUACUGGCAAGACCAAAGGUCCUAUGGAUUGUUACUUCCCGCAAAAAUAUGGAGAUAAGGGAGGAAAAAGUGGUAAUCCUCAAGUUGAUGCCAAAGCGAUUUUGAGGGACCGUGCAGUUACCUGCUUUGCCCGGUGGAUGUAUGAUGCAGGAAUGAAGCCUCCAACUUAUUAUGAAGUUAGAGGGCCAUAUCUAAAAAAAGAGGUGGCAGAGGUGAACAAAAUCUUGGAGGAGCACAAAGUAGAAUGGAACAAGUUUGGUUGUUCCAUUAUGAUGGAUAAGUGGAGGGCGAGAAAUGGAAAAAUGAUUAUCAAUAUCUUGGUGAAUUCUCCUAAGGGAAGCCUGUUUCUUGAGUCCGUCGAUGCAAGCGACUCUUCGACUGAUUCAACCAAAAUGUACUCCUUGUUCAAGAGUGCAAUAGACUCUAUUGGAGCAGAAAAUGUUGUUCAAGUUGUCACAUACAACGCCAGUGAAAAUGUUAAAGCUGGUUAUUUGAUGUCUACUGGGUACCCACAUAUCUAUUGGACUCCGUGUGCAGCACAUUCAAUUAAUUUGAUCUUCGGUGAUAUUUUCAAGGAAAGACCCUUCAGUACUGUCUUUAAUCAGGCAAUUAGAUUGCAUUCCUAUAUUGUUCAAAGGCCUUUGUUAUUGAACAUGAUGAAGAGAUUCACUAAACAAAGAAGCUUGGUGAAACCUGCAAAGACAAGAUUUGCUACUGCUUUCUUGACUUUGCAUAGGAUGUAUGAGCGAAAAAGCAAUUUGAAGAAGUUGUUUGUUUCAGAUGAGUACACUAGCAGUGCCUAUGGAAGGGAAGCUCGAGGUAGAGAAUCUGCAGAUAUUAUACUUUCUCCUUUAUUCUGGAACAAUGUGGUUCAUGCAUUGAAGAUUGGUGGUCCUUUAGUUAAAGUGCUUCGUUUGGUGGAUGGGGAGCAAAUGCCACCAAUGGGCUACCUGUACAAAGCAAUUGAUAGGGCAAAGGAGGCUAUUCAAGCCUCUUUUACUGGACUUGUUUUGAAUCCGGAACUAUUUUAUGACAAUGAAGAGAGGAUUCUAGGAGAUGAACCUUUGUGGAAUGGAUACUAUGAAUGUAUUGAGAAGUUGAUACCUGAAGAAUCCGUGCAAGAUAAAAUCACAGAGCAAUUUAGUACUUAUAGGAAUGCCGAGCAACUUUUUGGAAAAAACAUGGCCAUUAGACAAAGAAAGACGAAGUCACCAAUUGAAUGGUGGAAGCAAUAUGGUCAUUCCACUCCAGAUUUACAAAAGUUUGCCAUCAAGAUUCAUACCAAAAAGCGGAACAAACUAACCUUAAAGCGUCUCAAUGAUCUAGUCUUCAUUAAGUACAAUAGAACAUUGAGGCGUCGUUACAACGCUCGCAAUGUAAUUGAUCCAAUUAGUUUGGACAACAUCGAUGAUGCUAAUGAAUGGCUAACUGGAGUCCCGGAAGAUCAUGCAGAUGAAGAAGUAUUUGAGGAUACUUCUGAUUUCACUUGGGGUGAUGUUGCGGAGGCGCGUGGAAUUGGGGAGAGGAUUUAUGGUUUGAGGGGGAGUACCUCAACUUCAAGUUCACAGAGGAAGGGAAAACAGGCAGCUACUUUGUCCCUAGUUGAUGAAGAAGAUGAAGUUGAAGAAGAUGACGAGCAAUAUAAUAAUGAUAGUGAAAUACAAGAAUUUGACAAUCUUGUAGAAGAAUAUGAUGCUCAUUUUGUGCUUUAA